AUGGCCCCGUCUGCGGCUGCAUUACCCAGCAUGAAUACCGCUGUCGAUCCACUAAAGGAGGUGGAAGACGAUUGGAAGUCCGCCAACUCUGUAACGGAUUCUUUGGAAAAAUUACGUAUAAAUAUCCCGAGAGGUACCGAAAAACCCCUUCCAAAGCUCCUUCUCCAGGCUGACGCAAAGGAUUCCGACUCCUGGAUAUCCGUCAGCCUUGGAGGAAUACAUUAUUUGGACGAGGCCGAAGAAAAAUGCGCAGUCAUUAUCCAGAUCCGCCAUGACACAAGGCACGAAGACGUCCGGUGCCGGAAGAUCAAUUUUGACUUUGCAGUUGCAGGACUUGAUGAAUCUGAUGAUGAUGAAAACUCCAAAGUUACGUGGGCAUUACAGAGCCCCAUUCAGGUGCGAAAGCUGGCGCUUCGAGAAAAGUAG